CAGCUAGAAUUUCCAAACUUGAUACCUUUUUUCUUACACUUCAAUCAUAUCAACAAAUAUCACAUCAAUCUACAAAAGAACUUAUGGAUAAGUUAAAACAACUUGAAAAAAAUCAAGAACAAGAAGGUUUUGAAUUAGCAUUAGAGGAUAUAAAAAGACUAAUUACUGAUAAAUUCUUAGAAUUGCAAGUUAAAAACAGAUUACAACUUAUAAUGCAAUAUAUUAACUUACAAUUAAAAGGUUUUAAAAGUAUGGAUGCAAAUAAAAAUCUUGCGGUUAGCAUUGGAAAAGGAGAUUAUUAA